AGACUCAGAAACAACCCACCAUGGUGCUGUCUGAUAACGACAAGACCAACGUCAAGGCCACCUGGAGCAAGGUUGGCGACCACGCUUCGGAUUAUGUCGCCGAGGCCCUGGAGAGGAUGUUCUUCUCCUUUCCCACCACCAAGACCUACUUUCCUCACUUCGACCUGGGCCAUGGCUCUGGCCAGGUCAAGGCACAUGGCAAGAAGGUGGGGGAAGCACUGACCCAAGCUGUUGGCCACCUGGAUGACCUGCCUAGCGCCCUGUCUGCACUCAGCGACCUGCACGCUCACAAGCUGAGGGUGGACCCUGUCAACUUCAAGCUCCUGAGCCACUGCCUGCUGGUGACUCUGAGCAGCCACCAACCCACGGAGUUCACCCCUGAGGUCCAUGCCUCCCUGGACAAGUUCCUCAGCAACGUGAGCACCGUGCUGACCUCCAAAUAUCGUUAAGCUGGACCCCAGGAGAGGUGCCACUGGCCUUCCUCCCCUCCCUGCAUGUGCCACCAAGUC